CAUAAACUUAGUGUUGUGCAAACUAGACAGAAAUGAUGAAGUGUGUCACUGUUAUAUUGUACACACUGAUUAGCAUUCAGUGUUGCUACUGCAGGCAAGAACAGUCGGGUGAUAACUGCUUCAGCUACGCUAUGUUCCCUGCUCACCUCAAAGAACUUAGAGCUUCAUAUCGGAAAAUCAAGGUUUAUUUUCAAAAUAAAGAUGACAAUGUUCAUAUAACAUUGCUGGGAGGCCGCCUUCAUCAUGGAUUCAAGGGCCGAGAAGGAUGUCAGUUUUUGAAGGAAUUGCUGAAUUUCUACCUCAGGGUUGUAAUCCCAGCAGCCAAGACCCACCAUAAAGCCAUCAAUAGCAACAUCAGUAAAAUUGGAAACAUACUGUCUGAGUUGAAAGAGAAUGUACAAAACUGUCCUAGAUUCUUCAAUUGCGACCUGUGCAACUGCAGACCUAGUUCAUAUAUCGAGAAUAUAUAUAAAAUAUACGAGAAGUUGCAGGAGAAAGGGGUGUACAAAGCCGUAGGAGAACUCAACAAAUUUUUUGACUGGCUUCAGCAUUACAUCAGGAUGAAAAUGAAUUGAAAAACUGCAGAACUGACUUAAAGGAACCAACACUUCCUGAUUUAACAAAGUCACUAGUAUUUAAAGUGAUAUUUAUAUUUAGACUUGGCGGUUUCAGAAGUUAUUUAAUUCAUAACAUCAUUGAGAAAUUGUGAUGAAUUUGCUGUCCCUUUUAAAAUAAAAAAAGAUCUUUUGGUUCUCCCAAUGCCUAAUCUGGUUGAGAGAGUGGGGUAGGUUAUAUCACUCUGUAACCAUCUGCUAAGAUUACCCAGGAGUGUCCAGCCAUAAUGUGCCAUGUAAUUUUUUCUGCUUUCUUGUAAGAAAGUGCUGGUUCUAUGCUUAUUUAACCCUUGUUCUCCCUUAAUGAAUUAACCACAAAAAAAAACUCCUGUGCUAGAAGUUCACAAGGAAACAGUUUCUUAACAGUGUCUGAAAAUGUUUCCCCUCACCUUAUACCUUUAGAAUUCAUACUGAGACUGCCGGAUCUAAAUAUAAAUUAUAUAUGAAUGAAUUUCAUUCAAUUAUUAUUUUUCAACAGAGAAAAUACGAGAACUGCAAAUAAUAUUUUUUCUAUAUUUGUACAGAGAUAUCUUUGAUGAUGUGAUUAGCAAUUUUUUUUGACAGAUGUUUCAAGAGUAACAAAUAGAUUUAAAAUCAGCUAUUCCUGUUGGUUCAUAUAACUUAGAAAACAUUCUGCUCUUACAGUUUGAUACAUAGCUAAAAUAUUUUAAAUAGAAUAUUUUUAUACUAUUUAUGAGUGUAAUAUGGAGUUUUAAUUACUUUAAUUUCAAGUUAUCUUCAUAAAUCCAUCUAUUACUGUAUCAGUAAUUCUUUAACACCCAUUUCAAAGUUUGCAGCAUUAGACACAGCCAAAUUUAUUUCAACUAUUUAUUGACAUUGUAUGAAUACUUAUAGUGUUCAAAUGAAUGUGCACUUGUGUGUACUUUAUUAUAAAUUAUAGGUUAUUGCCUCCAGUAAUCGUUUGCAGUAUUUGAACUUAUCUUUUAGGCUAGUUUAAAAUAUAAAACUCUUGUGUAUUAUAUCCUCAGAUAUCAAUAUUUCUUUCCCCAGCACCCUGUCAGUUUAGGUAAAACUUCCCUCAUCUGAACCCGUGAACACAAGAGUUCUUUUGAACCCUGUGUAAGUGAAUGGGUUUUAAAUUACUUAAAAUCUUGUCUCAUGAUGUAUUAACCAUUUAAAGACAAAAAGCUAGAAAUUCAUCUCAAGUAGUGACAGAAAAUGGACAAUAUCAUUAUACGCAACGCUUGGUGUUCAGUUCCAUUGCAUUCAACAUUGCGUAGAAUAGGUAGCCAAUCCAAUACAGCCUAUUUGGGCCACUGCCUGAGAUGAAUUUCUGGCCCAGGCAUUUUUUUUUUGGUGCAGAAAAUGUUUUUGGUUUAUAAGUGCAUCUGGAACUAAACUACACACUAAAUCUGACAUCACUGUCAAAUUCACAUACAUCUGUGUGUUAAUGCAAAAGAAAGAGGGAAGAGUAGAUAAAACUCAUUUGCUACCAAUAAAUAAAUCAUUCAUUAUUUUCAUCUGAGUUGUCCCAGUGGUAUUGGGGGAAGAUGCACAAAGCAACUGGCAGGAAUACAAUCUCUGUAAAUGUUGGUACAAUUCAUGCACGUAUUUGUUAACCAGCCUACCUCAAGAUUAUUGCAAGCUGAGACAGUGACUUUGGAGUUCAUGAAUGAAAUAACUAACUUCAGUGUUAUAUGUUUUACAGUAAAAUGUAGCAUUUGUGUUGACCCCUUUGAGCUACUUAAUCUCUGAAAGAUUUCAGGACAGGCUGUUUCUGAAACAUAUCUACUGCUGAAUAUUAUGAAUUCUAAAUUAGGGAGAAAUAUGGAAUGCAAAACAUUUUUAUGUUACUUACUAUAUCAAGUUAAAAGUAAUUCUUGUUGUUUUGGAAAAAGCUCCCAUAAUGUUCAAAGGGUUUAAACAUUGAUUAUUCCAUCUUAUUUAAUGUAUUGAUUUACCUCAUGUUAUGUGUCAUAACCUCAUGUUAUGUGUCAUAUGAAUUGUAAUGUAUUUGGUUGUUCUGUCUGGAUAAACACCAUUCAAUGCU